AAGUGUCAGGACAUCUUUAAAGUCUUACCUGACCAACAGAAACACAUCAGAGUGGUUCUGAUGAACGGCGUCGCUGGCAUUGGAAAAACCUUCUCAGUGCUGAAGUUCACUCUGGACUGGGCACAGCGCUCCAACAACCAAGAUAUCAGUCUGCUGAUUCUGUUCUCGUUCAGGUCGCUGAACUUGAUCAAAGAUGAGCAGUACAGUCUGCUCAUGCUGAUCCGUGUUUUCUAUCCAACAUUACAGAAGCUCACAGCAGAGAAGCUCGCUGGCUGUAAAGUUCUGUUCAUCUUUGACGGCCUGGAUGAAAGCAGACUUUCACUGGAUUUCAACAACAGUGAGGUCGUGUCUGAUGUCACACAGAAGUCAUCAGUCAGCGUGCUGUUGACAAACCUCAUCAAGGUGAAGCUGCUUCCCUCGGCUCUCGUCUGGAUAACUUCCCGACCUGCAGCAGCCAAUCAGAUCCCUCAUUCAUGUGUGGACAGGGUAACAGAAGUACGAGGCUUCACUGACGACCAGAAGGAGGAGUACUUCAGGAGGAGAUUCAGUGAUGAAGAGCAGUCCAGUACAAUCAUCUCACACAUCAAGACAUCCAGGAGCCUCCACAUCAUGUGUCACAUCCCAGUCUUCUGCUGGAUCACUGCUACAGUUCUGGACCACAUGUUGACUACAGACCAGAGAGGAGAGCUGCCCAAGACCCUGACUGACAUGUACUCACACUUCCUGCUGGUUCAGACAAAGAGGAAGAAGAACAAGUAUGAUGAGGGACAUGAGACGAGUCCACAGGAGCUGACGGAGGCUGACAGGAACCUUCUUCUGAAGCUGGGGAGGCUGGCGUUUGAACAACUGGAGAAAGGAAACAUCAUGUUCUACCAAGAAGACCUGGAGCAGUGUGGUCUUGAUGUCACAGAGGCCUCGGUGUUAUCAGGAGUUUGUACAGAGAUCUUCAAAAGAGAGAGUGUGAUCUUCCAGAAACUAGUCUACAGCUUUGUUCAUCUGAGCAUUCAGGAGUUUCUGGCUGCAGUCUACAUGUACCACUGUUACACCAGCAGGAAGACAGAGGUACUGAAGAACUUCCUGGGAAGAGACAGUUCCUCAUCUCUGGAUGACUUCCUGAAGGCAGCCAUGGAGAAAUCUCUCCAAAGUAAAAAUGGCCACCUGGACCUGUUUGUCCGCUUCCUUCAUGGCCUCUCUCUGGAGUCCAACCAGAGUGUCUUAGGAGGCCUGCUGGGUCAGACAGACAACAGUCCAGAAACCAUCCAGAGAGUCAUCAACAACCUGAAGUGGAUGAACUAUGAUGAUAUCUCUCCUGACAGAAGCAUCAACAUCUUCCACUGUCUGAUGGAGAUGAACGACCGCUCAGUACAUCAGGAGAUCCAAGAGUUCCUGAAGUCAGAGAACAGAUCAGAGAAGGAACUCUCUGUGAUCCACUGCUCAGCUCUGGCCUACAUGCUGCAGAUGUCAGAGGAGGUUCUGGAUGAGUUGGACCUGAAGAAGUACAACACAUCAUGGGAGGGACGACUGAGACUGAUCCCAGCUGUGAGGAACUGCAGAAAGGCUCGACUUUCUGACUGUGGACUCUCAGAGACUCACUGUGAAGUUUUGGCCUCAGCUCUGAAGACCAACCCUCAUCUAACACAUCUGGACCUGAGUAAGAACUACCUGUCUGAUUCAUCAGUGAAGCGUCUGUCUGCUGGACUGGAGAGUCCAAACUGUAGACUGAAGACUCUGAUAUUGAGGCACUGCAGUUUGUCAGAGAUCAGCUGUGAUGAUCUGGCCUCAGCUCUGAAGGACAACUCCUCCCAUCUGAGAGAGCUUGACCUGACUGAAAACAAUCUGAAGGAUUCAGGAGUGAAGCAGCUGUGUGGUUUUCUGGAGAGUCCAGACUGCAAACUGGAGACUCUGGGAUUGUGGCUCUGCAGUUUGUCAAAGAUCAGCUGUGAUUAUCUUGCCUCAGCUCUGAAGUCCAACCCCUCGACAGGACCAGCAGAGGGCUCCAGUGGUAUUGGUGAGACAAAUUGGACUGACGACCUGUCCCCACCUCCACCCAGGGAAGUCACACAGCCAAUGAACAGACAGAGGGGCAGGCCGUCACAAAAGACCGUCUCUGAAGGCUCAACACGUGGAAGCUUGAAGCAGACGGGAUCCAGCAGCGGGAGACCAGACCGGGUUCCUCUCAGCUCAGAACAGGAAACUGAAGAUCACCAAAACUGGAUGAUAGAAGACUGGAAGAACAUCGGCGGGUCUGAUGAGUCUCUGCUGCCACAUUCAGACACUCAGACCCUCUCAGACCGGUUUCUGGAACAUGACGAUGAGUUCACUGGACUCAAAGAUCUCAGUCUAACAGAGCAGCUUUGGGAUGAGGUGGAACAGGAGAUUGUCAUCAUGGCUCUGCAGCAGCUGUGUGAUGUCAUCAUGUUAAUAUGA